GAGUCUAUAGCCUAAUAAAUAAAGUGUUGCAUGUUACCACACAUAUGUUACUCCCCACUAUAGAGGUAUGUUACUAUCCAUUGUGGCUAGUCUAGAAUGAUGGCCAACCAGCUACGCCACAUGGCGCAUGCUGGUUGGUCACGGUGAGAAAGUUUGUACUUUUUUUAGAGUUUUCUUUAAAUGACAGUGUGACUUUUUUUCUUUUCGAGUAAAGUUUUUCUAGAUUUUUUCUUUUUUCUUUUUGAGAUGGAUGUGAUGUCCACGUGAUACAAGAAUGUUUUAUUUUAUUUUAAGAUAAAGGUGAGGUACGCACAACUUCCUCUCAAACGGUGCGCAAUGGCAGGCCCCACCCACUAGUGAAGUUGAAACUUCCGGGUUUGCGUCAUUCCGCUACUGCUUCCACUAGCUGUUUUCCUUGAAUCGCCAUCGUGACCUGGCAGCGAGGCUGGCUUGCGUGUAGGUCUUCAGACCUAAUUUGCUGACCACAGACAUCAUUUUUCUUGCCAAGAACAUAAAAGCGAAGGCAUUUCCAAACAAAAGAAAAGAAAUACGAGAAACGAGCGCUCACGGAGGCCACCACACCACAUUACGUCCGCUCGAAUUAACUGAUUGUUACUGGAUCUAUAUAAGAUCACCAAACUAAUAUUUACCAAGGAAUGUUUGAAUGUGUCGCAAGUCAAGUCGCUUUUCCAGCCAUGUGUAUUGCGUACUGCCAACCGCCGCGUAUUUAGAAUUAGGUCCAAAAAGAAGAUCCUGGCAUCCAAGCCGCCUCUAUUCUAUUAUGCCUAGCGAGCGGCGGAAGAUUGUACAAAAGUCGAUCGAUCAGGUUAAUUAUAAGGUCAUGGCAUCUUUGCCGCCUCUAUUUUAUGCGUAACGAGCCGCCGAAAAGCUUGUUUGAAAGUCACUACAUCAGAGACCACAAUUAAUCAUAUACGGUUUGGUGCUAGUUGUUUAAUCCUGGGAGACCUGAUCAAAGCACGGUGCUUCUUCCCUAGAGAAACGAGGGAUGUACUAGUCUUUCUUUCUCACGUGUGCCACCUAACAACGCGUAAACAAAUAGGUUUGAAGUGUUCUUGCAGACUUGCACCCCAGGAUUAUUGUCCUGCUGGAUGCUAUAUAUACAUCGAAACGGGAAAUGAGGGAGCACACAAGAAACAUACGUAGCACUCCUUUCGAAGUCAGACAUGGAUUCCAAAACAGCAUUAUGUGGUACUCUCCUGCUACUUAUGGCACUGCUGCCUCUUCCAGCCAGCGCGUCGAGCAAACUCUACAUCGUGUAUAUGGGGGAGAAGAAGCAUGAUGACCCGUCCGUGGUCACCGCGUCACACCAUGACAUACUAACAUCUGUUUUUGGGAGCAAGGAUGAAGCCUUGAGGUCCAUAGUUUACAGUUACAAGCAUGGAUUUUCUGGGUUCGCAGCGAUGCUCACCAAGUCUCAAGCUGACGCAAUUGCAAAAUUUCCCGAAGUUGUCACUGUGAAGCCUAACACUUUUCAUGAAACACACACAACUCGGAGCUGGGACUUCCUCGGCCUUGAACAUAACCAAGGACCACAACAACCGGGACUCCUCAAACAAGCGAAGUAUGGUGAAGAUGUCAUCGUGGGUGUGAUUGAUUCAGGCAUAUGGCCUGAAUCGCAAAGCUUUGAUGACAACGGGUAUGGUCCUGUGCCGGCACGGUGGAAAGGGAAAUGCCAGAGCCAGAAGUUCAACGCCACAAGUUGCAACCGAAAGAUCAUCGGCGCACGGUGGUAUGGUCGUGGCAUUAGUGCAGAGGUGCUAAAGAGUGACUACAAGUCUCCUAGGGACAUCCAGGGCCAUGGCACACAUGUCGCAUCGACUAUCGCUGGCACAGAAGUGCAGGGUGUGAGCUACGGAGGCCUAGGCAUGGGCAUGGCACGUGGCGGGGCGUCACGUGCGCGGCUCGGUAUCUACAAGGUGUGCUGGGUUGGCGGGGGUUGCCCCGACGCAGCGGUCCUUGCGGCCAUCGAUGACGCCAUAUAUGAUGGUGUGGAUGUUUUGUCGCUAUCGAUUGCAGGGGUUGGUCAUGAGCUCCCAGGGACACUGCAUGCUGUGCAAAGAGGGAUAUCCGUCGUGUUUGGUGGAGGGAACGAUGGCCCGGUGCCACAGACUAUAAGUAAUGCCGUACCAUGGGUUACGACGGUGGCCGCUAGCACGAUUGACCGUUCUUUCCCGACAUUGAUAUCGCUCGGAAACAAAGAAAAUCUUGUGGGGCAGUCUAUAAACUACAAUGCGGCUAUGAACAGCAGCGGCUUUCAGGGCCUUGUAUAUGGGGGGAGGUAA